GAUUCAACUUUAUCUAUUCUCAUCAUUUUAUUUAUUUCCUUUCUUUUCCAUUUGGGUUGCUUCCGUUCCCCUUCAAACCCGCAACUUUACACGUCGUUCGCAAUUGUUUGUGGAUAAAGCCUUCUUGUGCAGACCCUUUUCUAUUCUGCACUUGUUUUUUCUUUUUCAUUUUUUUCUCAAUUGGAAGGAAAAGUGAAGGUAAAGAAGAGGGGUUUCAAUUUCUGUGUUUUCUGAAGCAAAAAAAGAUUUAAUGGCUGAGGUUUUGGGCAAGACUAGUUUGCUUUCUUCUUGGUAUGGAGAUAGACAACAGCAUCAACGACGGGUAUCUAUGGUUCCCAAGAAUUGUAGAUUCGGUUCUGGCUCUGGAAACCUCCCUUCUCUGAAGCUAAAAUCUCAGAUUCUCAGAUCUUCAUCUGAAUUUCAGGGUAAAAAGCUUGUCUUUCGUGUAAAUAGAGGAAUACCCAACAGGGGCAACUCACAAUUUCGAGCUUCAAGUGGGGCUAAGAUGACCCUUAGAAUAGGGAGUGUUCAGAAAUGGUGGGAGAAGGGGCUUCAACCCAACAUGAAAGAGGUGAGUUCUGCACAAGACCUUGUGGACUCACUUUUAAGUGCUGGAGAGAAGUUGGUUAUUGUUGAUUUCUUCUCUCCUGGUUGCGGUGGCUGCAAAGCCCUUCAUCCUAAGUUGUGUCAACUGGCAGAGAUGAAUUCUGAUGUUCAAUUUCUUCAAGUGAACUAUGAGGAGCACAAAUCUAUGUGUUAUAGCCUUAAUGUCCAUGUUCUUCCCUUUUUCCGCUUCUAUAGAGGUGCUCAUGGUCGAUUAUGUAGCUUUAGCUGCACCAAUGCAACGAUCAAGAAGUUUAAAGAUGCAUUAGCCAAACACACCCCAGAUAGAUGCAGCUUGGGCCCAACCAAAGGAUUAGAGGAGAAAGAGCUCCUAGCUUUGUCUGCCAACAAAGAUCUUUCCUUCACAUACUCACCAAAAACUUCACAACUUGCACAAAUCACUGCAAAUGAAGAGUCCGGAACUGAAACUGCUGCUUCUCCUUGUUCAGAAUCUUUUCCUAUAUCUCUUUUGACCCACAAUUCUGAGGUCUCCAAGGAGAGAACCUUGACCACUUCUGGUAGAUGAUAUGGUCAGAUUGUAACUAACUCCAUCUUCUGAUUCCAUCCUUUGUACAGUGUAGGAUUGGUUUGGUGUAAUAUCUUGAUGUAGCAGUAGUAUACUUGUGAGAUCAAGUCUUUAUAGACAUCAUUGGAGAUCAAGUCACGUAGUAUGUUUUUCUUCAAGGCAAUUGGAUUUAUGUUUUUUUGGAUCCAUGCCUUGCUAAUGUUAGGGAAAUUAGAAGCUGUAAAAGUAUCAGUGCUCUUUCUGUGUUUUAUGGUAUCUCCUCUUAUUGUUGUGUAAUGAAUAUCAUUUUACUCACCGAUGGAUAAUUGACUUAUGUUCUAGAUGCUGAAGGUGGGGGCUGCAAUCAUGCUAAAUGUGAUUGUUAAGAAGAGUUAUUGUGGUUCUGAGAUGCUGUUUGGUUUGAGGGAAUUGCCGUUAUGAGUUUUCUUUUUGUUCAGGGGAAGGAAAUGGAACGCUGUAUUUUUGUUCUCAUCUAAUGCUUGGUUUGGUUGUUGAAAGGGGAACAACCAUUUUCAAAAGGAACGAGUAUUCCCAUUAUUGUUUAUGAUUAUCAUUCUAUUUCAGCCCCAAGUUAUAG